AUGGUUUCCUUCAGAUACAAAAUUAGUUGGGUUGAUUGGAACAAACACCAAGUACCAGUUAAAGUUUACAUACUUGAUUCCACCAACAGAAUUAGAUCAAAUGGUUCCAAAAUAAUUCAUGAUUGCCAGGUAGAAUAUACCAUUCCAGAAAAUGGUGAUGGUGAUUCUCCUCAUGUCCAAAAGGCAAACAUCCCAAUAGAAAAAGGAGGUUAUCUCAUUUAUGGCACUGCUCAUAUGCAUUCAGGCAUUGUAAAUGUAACUUUAUAUGGACAGGAUGGGAGGACAUUGUGUACUUCAACACCAAAAUAUGGAAGAGGAAAUGAGGCAGGAAAUGAGAAAGGUUAUCUCAUUGGAAUGUUUGUUUGUUAUCCACAACCAGGUUCUAUCAAGAUUCAUGAUGGUGAAAUUUUGGCUUUAGAAUCUAGAUAUAAAAAUGAGUUUUGUAGUGGAGCUAUGAGACAUUUCUACAUCUAUUUGGCAGAGGAACUACCAUAA